AUGGACGGUGAGGGCUUUGGAGAGCUGCUGCAGCAAGCAGAACAAUUGGCUGCAGAGACAGAAGGGAUCACAGAGCUGCCUCAUGUGGAAAGAAAUCUUCAGGAAAUCCAGCAGGCUGGAGAGAGGCUCCGCUCCAGGACUAUGACCCGUACUUCCCAGGAGUCGGCCAAUGUUAAAGCGUCAGUUUUGCUGGGUUCCAGAGGUUUGGACAUCUCUCACAUAUCCCAGAGGCUAGAAAGUCUCAGUGCAGCAGUAACAACAUUUGAGCCUCUUGAGCCAGUGAAGGACACAGAUAUCCAGGGAUUCCUCAAAAAUGAAAAAGACAAUGCACUCUUUGCAGCAAUUGAAGAAUCUAGGAGAAAAACAUUUGCCAUGGCAGAGGAAUACCACAGGGAGUCGAUGCUUGUGGAGUGGGAACAAGUGAAACAGAGGAUCCUCCACACCCUGCUUGCAUCUGGAGAGGAUGAUUUAGGCUUUUCUCAGGAAGCAGAGACCAGUUACAUCAGUGAGCUUGGACCUCCUGGUCGCAGUUCCCUCGAUAGUGUGGAAAUGGCAUAUGCACGACAGAUUUAUGUGUACAAUGAGAAGGUUGUGAGUGGAAACCUGCAGCCCAGUCUGGUGGAUUUGUUCACAGCUGUUGCUGAGAAAUUAGAUGACAAGAAUGUAUCUGAUGUUUGGUUGAUGGUGAAGCAGAUGACAGAUGUCUUGCUAGUUCCUGCCACAGAUACUCUGAAAAGUCGUUGCUCAGUCCAGAUGCAGAUGGAAUUUGUGAGGCAGGCGUUAAAAUUCUUAGAGGAUAGUUACCGGGAUUACACUAUGAAGAGUGUGUAUGCUAACCUACAACAGGCCCAGCUGGGAGGAAUUCCUUCCACUUUUAAUCUAGUACGAAGCUUCCUUAAUAUCAGACUGCCAGCUCCAAUACCUGGGCUGCAGGAUGGAGAGCUGGAGGGUUAUCCAGUUUGGGCACUCAUCUACUACUGCUUGCGCUGUGGUGAUAUCUCAGCAGCUCAGCAGGUGGUAAACAGAUUGCAGCAUCAGCUGGGGGAGUUCAAGAAUUGGUUCCAAGAAUACGUACACAAUGAUCGAAGGUUACUCCCCAGGAACAGAGAACAAACUUCGUCUCCAUUACAGAAGAGCUGUAAGAUCGAGCACAGACCCUUAUAAGAGGGCAGUAUACUGUAUAAUUGGCCGAUGUGACGUAGCAGAUAAUCAUAGUGAAGUAGCAGAUAAAACAGAAGACUACCUAUGGCUGAAGUUGAAUCAAAUUUGCUUUGAUGAUGACUCCAGCAGCUCAGCUCAAGACAGACUGACGUUACCACAAUUCCAGAAACAGCUUCUUGAAGAUUAUGGCGAGUCUCACUUUGCAUUGAACCAGCAGCCAUUCCUAUAUUUCCAAGUUCUUUUUCUGACUGCUCAGUUUGAAGCUGCCAUUGCCUAUUUGUUCCGCUUGGAACGGACUCGGUGUCAUGCUGUUCAUGUCGCUUUGGCUCUCUUUGAACUCAGACUACUAUUAAAAUCUUCGGGACAGAGUGCACAGUUAUUGAGUCAGGAAGCAGGGGACCCUGUCGGUAUUCGGCGACUAAAUUUUGUCCGCCUCCUCAUGCUGUACACUCGGAAGUUUGAGCCCACUGAUCCACGAGAAGCCCUACAGUAUUUUUACUUUCUCAGAAAUGAGAAGGACAAUCAAGACAAGAACAUGUUCCUGAGAUGUGUCAGCGAACUGGUGAUCGAGAGCCGUGAGUUUGAUAUGCUUCUGGGAAAACUAGAGAAUGAUGGCACUAGAAAGCCUGGUGCAAUUGAUAAAUUUACAAGAGACACAAAACCAAUUAUUAGUGAAGUUGCUUCUGUGGCAGAAGAAAAGGGCUUGUUCGAGGAAGCAGCUAAACUCUAUGAGUUGGCCAAGAAUCCAGAUAAAGUUUUGGAACUGACAAAUAAGUUGUUGAGUCCCGUGGUUGCCCAAAUCAGCACGCCACAGUCCAACAGAGAGCGUCUGAAAAACAUGGCUUUUUCUAUUGCAGAGAGGUACAGAUCGCAGGGAACAAGUGCCGAAAAAUCUAUUAGUGCCACAUUUUACCUGCUGCUGGAUUUGAUGACGUUUUUUGAUAAUUAUCAUGCUGGCCAUAUAGAUGUCGCCUUUGAUAUCAUUGAGAAGCUGAAGAUUGUUCCACUAAGUCAGGACAGUGUGGAGGAAAGGGUUGCCGCUUUCAGGAACUUUAGUGAUGAGAUCAGACAAAACUUAUCUGAGGUUCUCCUUGCAACAAUGAACAUAUUAUACACUCAGUACAAGAGGCUAAAGGGCAGUGGACCCUCCACUGUUGGCAGACAACAGCGAGUUUUGGAGGAUAAAGAUUCAGUAAGUGAGAAAUUGUCCUUAUAG